AUGAGGAUUCUCUGCCUGCACGGAAAUGGCAUGAAUGGGACACUAUUGGGGGUUCAGACCGCGGCCUUCAGGAGACUGCUAGGCGAUGGGCAUGAAUACACAUUCUUAGAUGGCCAACUAGAGUCGGAUUGUGUCAUAGGACUGGAGAAAGUCUCCAAAGGGCCUUAUUACCGCUGGAAUAUAGGGCUCGCCUCUUCCGAAAUUCUCGCGGCCCACGAAUAUAUUCGAACGGUGAUUGAAGAGGAAGGCCCAUUUGAUGGAGUGAUGGGCUUCAGUCAGGGCUCGGCCCUCGCCGCGUCGAUGCUCCUUCAGCACGAAAUAGACCAUCCCAAAUCCCCGCCACCAUUCCGCUUCGCCAUCUUUUUCUCUUGUUUCCUUGUGGUAAGUCCGGAUGCAAAGUUUGCGCAAAAGUACUAUGAAAUUGGGGAGAAGGAUCACGUCGAUGCAGCAUUGGAGGGUUUGCAUGCGUCAGCGCCGUCAAGCGAUGCCUCCGGGAAGCCAGGGGAUGGGAAAGGGGACAAGAAGAAAAAGGAGGUUAAAGGCCCAACUCAUAAAGUCGAGCUGGUACGCUCAAGUAAAAGGGCUGCACUUGUGACAGAGAUUGUCGAUGCUGUCGCAUCAUCGGCAAGAACUGGGACUUCGUUUCACGGCAAGGUUGGAACUGACUUGCCGGAGGAUGAGCGCGAAGGGCUUGAUGGAUUUCCGAGAGUUUUCCAUCCGGUGAUCAUGAGCGAGAGGAUUGAGAUUCCGACGGUUCAUAUCGUGGGGAGAAACGAUCCUUAUAUGAAGCAGACGGAUAUUGCUAAGAGACUUUGGGAGAAGAAGAGUAUGCGCUAUGUGGAGCAUUCCGGUGCUCAUGAUACGCCGAGGCUUGAAAUGGAUGUGAAGGCCGCUGUCGCUGCAGCACAGUGGGCGAUGCAGCAGGCAGAGUUGUCUCCAAAAAGACACUUCCAUUUCCACAGAAAAUAA